UUUGCAGUUUUGGCGCUGCGGUUCCCGUUGUUCGAUUCGACUUGUGUGACAAUGCGUAAGUUGUCUUGUCGAUUCAGUAAAAGAAUCAAUGAUCCUUGGAUCAUUCAACUCUUCAGAUCCUUCAAACCCGAAGAGCUGCAGGAACGAUCCUUCGGCACCAAUUGUUGUCGUGUGUUGGAGAAUAUAGAAUUUUGUGAGGAGUUUGAUGCACAUCUGAUGCUGAUAACGGAUGGAGAGUAUGCAGUCAGGGCACUGUUUACAACAGAUUCCGUGGAAGAAUUCCACCGGAGGGAGAAUGGGUGGGAUCCGUCACACAAACAGACAUGUGAAAUUCCGUGGACAAAAAAGAUACUGUUACUGGAAGACUACAGAAUAAUACAUAGGAUGACAUGUGGAAAAUAUGGAGAGUUAAUGUUAAAGGUCAAUAAGUUCAUGUUGAUCAGAAAUUAUCUGAACAUGCUGGAAGUUUCCUCCUUCAUGAAUUUAGAGCAUUUAAAUAGAGAUCCUGUAGUGCUGAAAAAAUGUCAAGAUAUCUGGGAAAAUAAGCAACUGAAUGCAGAUUCUGAAUCAUUACAACUAGAUUUGGACAGCUUCUCGGACUUUAACAGUCAGAAAUCGGCAUCAACUCCAAAUAAAAAGACAAAAAUCUCUCUGGAAAACGUCACGUCGGCUAAAAGUUUUCUUGUUAUAUCAGAAAAGGAACAGGAUAUACUAAACUCGAUACCAGGAUGGAAUGAAGAAAGGAAAGCAUCCUACACAAAGAGUAGGGAAGAGGGAAAAGUGAAUUAUAAAGCAGAUGAAGAUUCCUUUUGUUUCAAUUCUCCAAUUGUGAGAAACAUAAAUACUCAUUUAAUAAAUCACAAUAGCAAAUGUGAAUCAGGUAGACACAAUGAUAAGAAUUCAUCUGUUAGGAUACAUAAUGCUAAAACAUGUAUUCAUGAGGAUGAGAAUAUUCCAUGUAAUUGUUUUGAAAUCAAACAAAAUCUAGAAAAAAAGGAAAGGCAACUGGAAAGUUUACAUAAUAACCACAUAUCCAACUCUAGUCUAUGGAUUCAAGACUUAAAAUUGCCUCCAUCAGAUAAAAUCUGCGAUGAAACAAAUUCUGGAACUGCCAAAAGUAACAGCCUAGAAAACAAUUUAGUGCAAUCUCAAAUUUCCAUUCAGUCUGAAGAAGAAAAUGAAAUAUGCAGUCAAGAACAUUUCUCAGACAAUUUUGGAAGUUUCUGCAACAACCACAAGUCCACUUACAAUCAUGUGUCUCUCGAUUUUAAGAAGCAGUGCAUUCAUUCAUUAAUGCCGAGGGAAGGAAGUAAAAAGAAAAGGGCAUAUUCUACUGCUGCCAAUUCUUGCACUUCUCUGGACAAUGGCAGUAGCCUGAACAAGAGAAUUAGAAACUCUUUAACUAGUAUUUUUGAAGAUGAAGAUGACAAUGAAAAUGGCAUGUCAGUCAUUAUAAAUCACAAUAUACAGUGGAAAUUUUCCAUAGAUUGCAUUCGUACCAUGAGGGACAAAUUUACAGAAUUAUAUUUACAAAAAUGAGUGUUUAUAAAGUUUUCAAUUGUUUCAACAGUUCAAUUAUAUUUUUAUAAUGCAAAAUUAUAUUUCUGGGCAUGUUUUUAUUCCUUUACACCUUGAUUUUACAUACAGAAGAUAAAAUUGUUUAAUUUUAAAAUAAAAUUUUUGUUUAUCAAAAUUUCUAGAAAUUUGUAUUGUUCUGACACAUUUAUAUAACCAAAAACAUUCAUUGUAUGAAUUAUAUUUAUCAAUAUUUUA